AUGACGUCCACAACCAAGCUGUGAGUGUCGAUCACACAGUCGAUGUAGGCAGACGUGACGUGCGAAAUAGCUCACGCUCGAAGUGCCAUUUGCCCCUCUCGCUCCCUCAGCACCAUUCGCCCUUUGCCUCAUCUCGACUUCAUAGCCGGGUUUCCCGGAAUUCCAGGCGACGCAUCGAGGACCUCUGCUCACAUCACUGGAAACAUCGAAGUACGCCUGGGAUCAAGGGGCGCGAAAGCAAGCUUUUUGAGGAUCGAGUUGAGAAAGCUGGAGAGCGUUGCUGGUGGUGAGACGUGGGGAGAGGUUGUUGGAAGAGGUCCCACGGUGUGAGUGCCAGAUUGGUCGAGCUGCCAGGGGCAAGCUCACACGAUGCAUGCAUUAUUGCACAGCGUGUGGAGUGCGCGGCCUGGUCCUGGUGCUGGCGAUAGGGAGGAAGAUGCGGAAGGGAGCUGGGAGACGUUGCAGACGGUGAGUAGUACAAUCGAGUAGAGUAAAGAGAUAUCGGGUCUUGCCCUCUCCACAUCGCUCACACUUGAGCGCGGCGGACAGGCAGACUUUCCGUUCCGAAUACCCAUCCCGGAAGGGCUUCCACCUACUGCCAAGCUAGAUAAGCAGUGUGGCAUCUCUUACGAGCUCGUCACCAGUCUCUGCGUCAAGGGCAAGAAGGGCCUCUUGAGAAGCAGCCCGACGAGCUCAAUCGUCCAGAGCACGCACCCAAUCGCUCUGGAGAAGCACGAGCUGCAUUCCACGUGGCCCAUCUACCACAUCUCUGACGAGCACUCGGAUGGUGAGUGAGGAAUUUGCGAGAUGCGCAAAGUGGGUCUGCACGUGCGCUGACCACGUCUUGGCGUUGGGCAGAGAAUGAUGGAGUGAAAGCUCGAGUGGAGCGGACGCAGACCUGCUAUGGUCCUGGUGACACGGUCACGAUCAAGGUGUUUGUAUACUCUACGAAGGUGGCUCCCGUCAAGCUGAAGAGCGUGGCCUUCAGCGUGCGUGAGACCAUCACCUUUCGAGGCGGUGGCAGCAAGACGAAUCGACUGAGUAGCUUUGGCGGUGGAGGUGCGGCCGCUUCGCAACGGACAGAGACGCUCGCUCAAAAGUCAAAGACGUACGGAAAGAAGAUGUACAAGGACGAAGAGCAAGAGUUCAUCCUCACCUGCCAGAUUCCAAAGAGUCACAGUCUGAUGACGAUCCAGACCGCCAAGCAUAUCGAGGUCAGCUACACCAUGCGCAUCUACGUCGACGUCAGCAAGGCUCCAAUCAUCAUCGAUCAUCUGCCUCUCACGAUCACCACGUUUCCUAGCGCGCAGAGCAGAGACGUAUGCAAUCGAAUAGGCUUUGUGCAAGGCUUGAGUAGAAACAACUACACCGACGACGCUUACUCUACCGUCAUCAGCGAUCGCCAAUCCGCAAUUGGUCACACCGGCCAUUCUUUGAGCUCACGACCACCUGCAGUCCAGCGAUCGCAGUCGUACGGCAGCAGCGGCGCGGGGACGGAUGGUGGUGGAGGAGGGGGAGGCAUUGGCCGAUACGGCGUCGGCUCGGAUCUGCGCAGGAGGGACACUGUCAUGACACAAGGGACAGCAAUCUCCGGACCCGGCAUGGCAGGACGCGGUGUACCGGGCCAGCUCUUCAGCUGGGGAGACAUGGGAGCAGCACAGGCCUAUAGCCAUGACGGGCCUGGUCCCAUCCGCCCGAAGUUUGCAGGCCCACCCAGCAUUUACGAACGGCCUGAGCUCAAUGCGGAGGAAAGUCGAGCGAUGUUUCACUCUGCCAACAUGUCGGAGAACGCAGCUCGUUUGGGCGUCAGCUCUGAAGCUUUAUCUGGGCCUGGGGUCUAUGCGGCUGGGUCAGGCAAUCAGAGUCGCUUCAACCUGCAACGCUCACCUUUCGAGGCCAUCUCUGAAAGCACCACUCCCAAUCCGCACGCGUCUCCCACCGGCUCGCCAGCCCCCGGAGCCGCGGGUGCUGCACUUGCCGCGCAACAAGCUCAGCUCUUGCGCUAUGCUAGUGCCAACGCCUCUAGACAGUCCAUGAUCCGUAGACCUCAGUCAGCCGGUGCGAGCGCGGUCAGUGAGGCUCCUUCCGACACUGCCGAGCAAGAGAAGAUGCGGCUGUAUCAACGGGCUAGGGAACAAGCGGAGCGCAAUCAGCGCAGGGCUGACGAAAAGAGGAAGAAACAAGCAGCUGUACUCAGUCAGAGUUCCAACAAUAAUGUAAACGACGCUGCUUCCUCAGCUACUGUCGUGACCUCGUCGCAGAGCGCAGGGGCCAUCGCAGCGUUGUCGGCAGCUAACCUAGCGGCAGCUCAGACGUCGAGAAAUGUGUCCGCGCCCGUGCCUGGAAGUACAGCAUACAACAAUGCAGCGAAUGAGAAGGCUAGGCUGUACGAACGUGCAAGAAAGGAGGCAGAGAGGUAUCAGAGUGGUUUUGAGCAGGGUGCUACCUUUCCAAAAGAAGCUUUGGAGGGCUACAAAAACGGCUUCGCGCAGGGCUCGUCAGCCUCGCUCUCGCACGCAGCACCGACGGCGAGCGGGACCAAUACACCCUCACGACUUCAGCCCGGAUCGAUGGCCAACGACGACGAGGAUCGUCGCAGGAGUAGCGCUGCGUACUGGAUGGGUGAGAACGCUGCCACUUCAGCCGCGACCGCUUCGAGGGCAAACAUUUCGGCUUCUGCCGAGAGAGCUCGGGCCGCAUCCGCAGCUACCCCAAAACCACCCGGGUCAUGGUUGACAGCCGAGGAGGAAAAGGGAAGACUCUACGAGACCGCAAAAGCUCAACAAGCCGCAGCGGAGGCAGAAGCCAGGAUGGCGUCUCAUUCUCCGCCUGCCCUUGGCGCUACCAGUCUUGACACACCGGCCGCAGCCAGCUCCAUCAGCAAUUCGGGGCCUAAAGCGCCCAUGCCAAGUUACUUGAGUGCCGAAGAAGAGAAGCGAAGAUUGUACGAACGAGCAAAAGCUGAGCAAGCGGCCGCUGAAGCCGAUGCGAAAGUUAGGAGCGAGAUGUUGGCCCAAGGAGGUGCUUCAAGCGCCCGAAGUGGCCUCUCCGCGCCUACAGAUGAUCUAUCAAGUGCUCGUGCGCCUGCUGCAGCCCCGCGCGACGAGAAAGCCCAGCUCAGGCUGUACUACGAGGCACAAGAUGCAGUUGCCAGAGGUCAGCACGCCACAGCACUUGGCCCUGCUCAAUCGAGUGGUGUAGCUGGCACCCAGUCAGCGCCAACGCACGUUCCUAAUCCGCACUUCAGCUUGUCUAAUCCGGGCGAUGGAGACAAGGCACAGCCCUAUCAGCCAUACGAGACUGCACCAGUGCCUACUUAUCAUCAAGCCACAGCUUCGGAGACGCAGUUGCCGUCUGCGAGCACUCUGAGCACCUCGAGCGCUGCGAGCAACUAUGUCAACAAUCGACAGACCUUGCACGCCAAUGCAUUUCCCCAUUCGGCUGGGGUCUCACCUCUUAGCACCCCUCCAGCGCUGAACAACAAUGCGCAGAGGUCUUCCUACGUCGUGGCCCCAUCAUCUUCUCAAGCCACCUCAAACGGAUCCCGCGCACCUCCCCCUUCAGCUCCGAGUCAGCCAAAUCCUGGUGCCGGAGCUGUCAGCGAGAAAGAACAAAUGAAGCUGUAUUACGCUGCGAGAGACGCUCAGCUCCAGGCGGAGAAUGAAGCCGCAGCUGCUGGCGCAUCCCUCAGCAUUGUGCCCUCGUACUCAUCUCCCUCUGGUCAAGCUGCAUCAAGCGUUGCGGCUACUUCGAGCGCGCAGCCCGGCCAAGCUCAGUACUCGACGUCUUCAGCAGGUCCAGCAUUGACCAGACCGGCUGCUAGCUAUGCCCCUGGAUUCACUAGACCGGGAGAAACCGCAGCUCAACCUGUUUACUCUUCGUCUGGCAGUAGCGCUCAGCAGACUAGGCCUUUCAGCAUGGUCUCGCAUUCGGCUUCGAAUCCAAUAGCGAGUGCUGCGCCCAUGAUCGGCGCAAGCGGCGCAUCAGCUGGAGUCACAUCGGUCCCUCAGACAAGUGGUAGCUCAGGUGGACAGAGACCCAUGUCAAUGGCCAAUUACAGACCGCUGCCUGACACUGUUCCGAAUACAGCGCCCGCAAAGGCGGUCGGUAACGCAAAUAUGGCCCCCAGCUUUGCCAACCACGCCCAAGCUGCGCCAGUGGCGGCGCUGGAGUUGGGCACGCACUCAUAUGGAUCCAUCACUCCUCAGAGGCUUCCAAGCGCUCGAACGAGUUCAGCUCAAAUUGUCUCUAGCCCAGGACAUGACCGUUUGGCAAGCGACGCGACCAGCUUGACCUCCUUUUCAGACUUGCCUCAUCACGACCCGUCCAUAUCUGCCGGCAAGCAACGGAGCCUGAGUCCGCGAAUCGAGCAGCAGCAGCAGCAGCAGCAAUCGGGGCUGCACGCUCAGCUCGCAUCAGGACCUCAUCCGCCGCCGUUUUCGAACGGAUUUGAUGGUCUCUCGCAACUCAACACGACUCUGCCCAAAAUCGACUUUGGCAGUCUAUCCCCGCUGGAGUUGAGAGCUGGUGUGCCAACACCACCCUCAUCUGGCGCGCAAGCACCCACAACGGGUGUCUCUAGUCCACCAACAUCGUCCAUCUACUCUCCCAGGUAUGCUCAACAUUGGGACGACGAUGAUGAGCCCGAAACUCCUAGAGCUGUCUCUGCUGGUAACACCAGCUCCUCUGCGCCUCCACCUUUGCCGCCGAAGACCCGCAUCGGCUGA